GACUGCAGAGCAAGCUGCAGUCAUCUGCUCUGCUCUCUCAGACUCUCAGUCUCUCUACUUACUCUGCACACAGAAUACAUAAAUAGUAGUACUGUCCAUGUGUUCUUCCCUCUCUUCCUUAAUUGCACACCUCUCUCUUCUUCUUCUUCUCUCCGCAACUACUUCCUUCGUCUACUCGAUCUCGCUUCUGAGCAGGCACGGCGGUCUCGAGUCGAUCGAGCUCAUCCACUGCAUUGUUCGCUCCAUCCGGCUGAUCCGAUGGGCAAGAAAGGUGCCCUCACCUCCAUCUUCUCCAGGUCCUCCAGCCUCGCUAGCGACUCCUCCACGGCGGCCGUGAUACCCUGGCCGUGGCCAUCCUGCCGGGACCCGCAGACCGACUCCUUCCGUGCCGCCGAGGAGCCCUGCGCCACGGCUGCUGGUGGCAGCAGGUGCGGCCCUGUCGCCGCGAGGCACCGCAAGCUGGUGGGUGCCCCCGCCGAGAUGUACAAGACGGUCAACUCGGUCUACAUCGACCCCGACGACGGCGAGUCAUUCUCUUGCCUUAGCGCGGAGGAGGAGGAAACGGUUGUGGUGGAGGACGACGGCUUCUCGACGCCCGAGGAUGAGUGGUCGGAGGCUGUGAUCCGCAGCCUCAGCCGGACGACCUCGUCCACCGGUCGCUUCUUCUUCGACCAGGGGCCAGCGACCAACUCCAUCCUGUCCGCGGCGGCGGCCUCGACAACCGGCAGUACACCACCGGAGGAGGAGAACGACAAGCCGGCGGCGCUGUCCAAGAACGGGAAGCCAGGAGAUGGUGGCAAGUCGCUGGUGGUGGAGGAGAGCGUGGCGGUGCCAAUGGACUCGGCGGACCCGUACGGCGACUUCCUGUCGUCCAUGGAGGAGAUGGUGGCCGCGCACGAGCUGCGCGGCUGGGACGCGCUGGAGGAGCUGCUGGUAUGGUACCUGCGGGUGAACGCCAAGCACCACCACCCGCUCAUCGUCAGCGCCUUCGUCGACCUGCUCGUCCGCCUCACCACCAGCGCCACGGCAAGCACCUCGACGACGACAAUGACGAUGACGUCGAGUAGUAGCACCAGCAGCUCGAGCAGCGGCACGAGCAGCACGAGUACUACUAGUAGCAGCACGAGCACGAGUACUGGUGGCGAUGGUGUGGUUGUUAGUGCUACAUCAGCAACGGGACAAUGCGACGGCGGGAAUGAAGCUUCUGCGUCUUGCUCGUCGUCUUCUUCGUGUGCCCCGCGUGACGACGACGAGGCCAGUCGUGGGGAAGACUAGCCACUCGACUAAUCAUAGAUUAGACGACAAUCGGCAAGUAAUCUGCAUGCAUGUGAUUUUGGCUUUUGGUCCGGGCUAAUCAAGCAACUAACAAGUUUUUCUUUCUUUUGUGGCGGGGAAGCAACCGAGCUGUUCAUUGAUGCACUCGUGCUUGGGUUCGUAUGCACUUUUCUUUUCUUGAUUGAUUAACGAUCCCAUGAGUCGCUGGGUUAAGAAAACACUUUAAUUUGGAGCGAGCACAUGCCAAACCGGUCACCGACGUGAGCUGGUUUCGCCGAUCUCGAUGACACCAACUAGCAAUG